AUGCCGUACAACAUGUUAUACGAACACGUGCAGAAAGUGUGUCUGAUGUCUGGAAACAAGCAAAAUGGCGUCAUUUCUGUUAAAACACCACCGGGUCUUAAAGCUCUUCUUUCGAAGUGGGCUCAUCCAUCCAGAAUCGACAACAUGGGAGAUUGUGUUGAAAGCAUUCCGUACAUUCCGGAUUGCGUCAAAUAUGACACACAACAAGCCCUGGCCCAGCAUUCAAUAUCGAGGGCUGGUCUUCCUGAGCGAUUCCCUGCUCAACUGUCCUCGGAGAUGGUGUGGGAUGCUAGCAGUAUUCGCCUUGACGAGCGUGGAUUUGUGGAUGAUGACAGAUGCAUCCUGAAAUUAAGUAGAGAGAAUCUGAAAGAGAUCAAUGAUGCGCUGCGGUAUUUUAAAACUCUUGACAAACCUCUUAAGUCACUCGAUCCAACCACCUUCCCACUUCCAUCCCUUCAUUCAACCCUCCAGUCUGUAUCGGACAACCUACAUCGAGGAACGGGCUUCUCCCUUGUGCGCGGAAUCCCCGUGGAAGAAUACUCUCGAGAGGAUAAUGUGAUCAUUUAUAUUGGCCUCUCGUCCAAUAUAGCCUCCGUCCGUGGCCGUCAAGAUCACCAGUAUAAUGGGAACCCAGCGGAUGUCAUGAUUGCGCAUAUAACGGACUUUAGCUCUUCCCUAGAGCCAGGCUCAGCAACUUCCCCUGCAUAUACUGAUGGAGAAGUGAUUUUCCACACUGAUACAGGUAACAUUGUCUCCUUAUUUGCAUUGGAAGAGCCCGUGGAGGGUGGUGAAAGUCUCAUAGCAAGCGGCUGGCGAGUUUAUAAUGAGCUUGCAAAAUUGCGACCCGACCUGGUCGAGGUAUUAGCGACCGAAUGGCCCAUUCCAAGCUCCAAGAAAGAAGGUCAUAUCAUUCGUCGACCAUUGAUUUACCAUCAAGCUCCGUCUGAUUCAACAAGUGAGAGGAUACUCAUUCAUUUUCCUCGGCGUUCCUUCUCUGGGUUUGGGGCAUGGUCGCAUUCGAAUAAACUCUCGACCAAGCAGGCUGAAGUUUUGGACACGCUUCAUUUCCUUGCAGAACGAUUUCAUGUGCCUAUGCCACUACGAAAGGGCGAUAUGCAGUUCGUCAAUAAUUUGAGCAUGUUACAUGCGAGGAACAUUUAUAAAGACGGUCCCAACCAGCGGACCCACAAAAUGCUUGGAGAGAUACCAGAAGCGCUACGAUCUAAGUGGGAUAGAUUAUAUACGGAGACGGCCUCUCAUGGAGAGCAAAUUUUUCCUCUAGAGCCUGAAAUGAGGUCUGCAGGAAGACUGGUCUUUGAAUAA